GAAACCCCACAGCCGACCACAUCUUUUCCGCCAACAACCACACGUUCAUUGCAAAGUCCCCUCUCCAAAAUCACCUGUCGUCCUAUCACAAUGCACCUCCAAGUAAUCACACAACCACAAGUUGCUCCCACCACGGAUCUGAAUAAUGGAACCCAUCAACCCUGAACCAAGAUUCGCAGUCAAAUCUACAUAUAUAUGCAAACCUCUCCUCUUUUCUUUCCAUUGCACUUCUCAUACCCCCAUUUCCAUCUUCACAAAACCAUCACCAAAAAACUCCACAAACUACACACACACACCAACAUCAUGUCUCACAACUCACCAUCCGAGAAAUCCCGCCAGCCCCAGCAUUCAGCACCACACCCACCUACAACCCGCCCCUCAUCGUCAUCACGACGCAUCCCACAACAACAACCACCUCAUCUGUCCUUCACCAGCACCACUCCCUCCCCAUUCUACUACGCCCCCACGCGCCGCACCCGCCACUCACCAACAACCUGUCUCGGCACCAUCGCCGAAGCGCUAGAACACGGCACCGACGAGCCCAGCACACCAAACUACGUCAAGUUGAAGGAGAGACACGUCCGCAUGCGCGGCGAGGGCCACUGCUACGGGAGUGCUGUUGAUGCGCCGAAGCCGGUGGGGACCGAGUACUUGAGGUCGGUUAUGCGGAUUGGGCGGGGUGCGGAUAGAGGAGAGGAGCCCAGCACAGUAAGUUACGCUAAGUUGGAGAAGACGCCAGACUAUCUGCGCAGUGAGGGCCACUGCUACGGGGAUGCAGCUGCUGCUUCUGCGAGGGAGCGGGCGGGCAGAGUCGUGGCGACCGAGUACUCGAGGUGGGUUAUGCAGAUUGGGCGGAGUAAAGGGGAAGGGGAAGAUGUGCGGGUUGUGGGAGGAAGGUCACAGGGAUCGUUGAAAGUGGUGUUGAGGAUAGAGGUGAGUGUUCUAAAGCAGGAGAAGAGCCCGCGAUGGUCACUGAAGGGCUUCUUGAGACGGUUGUGGUAAGGAAUCCGUACGUGUGAGGUGUCAGAGGCAGGGGGUGAGAAAGCGCAAGCGUAGCAAUGAUUGCCUGUGAUACACGCCGAGCUGUCAUUCAAGCACAUGUGAGCUGGAAAAACUGGAAAGCCGCAUGGUACUGUAUUCUCCAUGCCCUUAAUACCAUGUCAACGAUUAGAAUAGAAAAUCAUCUUGUAUACGCCACC